AUGCCAUCACCAAAGCCCUUACGCAGAUCUCAUUCUCCAUCCACAUAUGAGAAGGACCGACACCAUCAUCGCAGCCGACACAGCCAAUCGCAUUCCCACCGGCACCGACACCGCGAUGACGCGCGAUCGCGCUCUCCCCAUCGAGCCGAUAGACACAGGUCAGACCGCCACCACCGUCGACACGAUCGAGACCGAGAGCAUCAUGAUCACAAGAGUAAAGAAACACCCACACAGCCCGUGAUUCUGCCGCUUCAGGCUCGGCAGCUCUCGAGGCGGGAUUUGGAAGCGUUCCAACCUAUGUUCGCAAUGUACCUAGAUAUUCAGAAAGGCAAAUUCAUUGAAGACAUGUCUGAAGAUGAAGUAAAAGGGAGAUGGAAGAGCUUUAUUCACAAAUGGUAUUAUGAGGUAUCGUUCCUGUAUCGAAUAGUCCGGCUGUUAACUAGAGACAGGAAUCGAGCAGAAUUGGCCGAGGGUUGGUACGACCCGGCCACACUGCAAAGAGCCCGCGAAAGCAUGGCUGAGAGACAACCCCCUGUGGAACGCGAGAGACGUUCGCCAGAUUAUGCGCGGGGCGGACAGAAUGAUAUCGUGGAAAGCAAGGCAUCCCCGAACGCUGAAGAAGAUGACGACGACGAGGAUGACGAAUAUGGGCCAAAACUACCUCACCCAAACUCGAGCAGAGAUCCAACGCAUUCUGGGCCGACGAUACCGAGACUGCAGGACCUCGAACUCAAGAGAGAGUCUGCAGCUGAGGAUGCCAUUGCUGAGCGCGAGCAGUCAUGGCAGCAACAUCGUAGCGAUAUUCGAUCCCACAAAGCUGCAGUGCGGAAUCUCGAAGAUGAAGUUGCGCCGCGAGCGGAAGCUGGUACGAGGGAGCGACAGCUCGAGAAGCGUCGAGAAGCUGCUGCUGCCAAUCGCGAAUUUGCAAACGCUCGAGGUGCAUCACCCGAGGCGGCACCAGAAGAGGAUCUGAUGGGAUCUGGGGAAAACGAUCUUGCUGCUUUGAAGAGAGAAAAGGAGAAAGACCAUCGCAAGAAGAAUGAACGGGAGAUUCGUCGCGAGGAAAUUCUUCGGGCACGGCUAGCAGAGCGUGAGGAGCGCAUUCAGAAAUACCGUGAGAAGGAGCAGGAGACAAUGGGUUGGCUGCAUACCUUGGCAAAGCAACGUUUUGGUUAA